AUGAAUUCAAAAAGCAUCACUGAUGAUCAUCAGGAUCAACAUGAGGACAAAACGACGAACCAAUAUGAUUGUUUGAAAAAAAGAAAAAGAGGUUCCUCGGAAGAAUCCGAACCAUUUGAAGAAGAAUCCAUUGCCUCAUCACCAUUCUUGGACUGGAACCUAGAAGAACCAUCAUCAUCUCUUUCAGAUGAAAGUAUGUUCAUUCCCUCUUCGGAUCAUCAUCCUGCGAACUAUUACCAACAGCAACACAGCUACAACAACAAUAACAGCACUUUAUUUCAACUUCCUCUCUUUGAAUCCGAACAAGACAUGAUCCAGGCCUCACUUUUCCAAUCUUAUAAUCAUGAUGAUGAGGAAGAAAUCAGAUCAUGGAACAAUCACAACAAACGAAACAAACUCUCUCCUCAUUCACAUCUUGUAGACUUUAUUAGAGACCAUAUUAUGCAAUAUUUACUGUUUCAUCAUUUACAUCAGCCGAAAAGCUCACAACACUCAAGUCUCUUGUCGUCGCCCGAGAUAAAAACCACUCCUCCAGAGAGUUCUGACCAUCAUCCUACCAUCAAUGUUAGUAGUCUAAUUCCUGUUGGAUUGUUAUUCGACUAUAUUGCACAACAAGCUCAAAGACUCUAUUUUAACAUGUAUGAACAUAUUCGAGAGCUAGCUCAAAUACCAACAUUAAGAAGUGGCAAUGAUGGCACCAAGUACGACGAGUGGUGUAAUAAUUCCCUCAAAGCCAUGACCUCUCAAAAUACCAAUGAGUGUAUACUACCCACUCACAUUCAACAGACCAAGCAAGAAUUAUCUCUGGCAUGUAAUGAAUUUGAAAAACUUGUCAUUGAACAGUUUCAUUUUCUCAUGGAUCAAGUCCAAUUAAUCAAAGGAGGUCUUGUCAAUUCAUCCAAUUCUCAUCAUGCAGUCAUUCCCAUGAUGAAGAAGUAUGAAAGUAUUUUACCAAUCAAUUUUGGAUCGAUUAAGCUUGUUAGUGGUGUCGCUUCGUCUGGGAUUGUAGGUGAUGAAUCGUCAACUUCAAUAGUAGAUGAUUCAUCACUCAUUAAAUCAGAGAAUUCUCCUAUUGGGAUAAUGUCUUCAUCUUCAACAACAAUCGGUGGCUAUUGUGACAUGAUAGCCAACGCUCCUCACAACAAUUUUGAUAUUUCCUCUCUUUUGAACUCGUGGUUCAAAUUUUCUUCUCCAACUCUAUCUUCAUUCCCUAAACAACAUUAA